UGAUUGGAGCCGGACCGGGCAUGUGCGGAGGAGUGGAGCGCGCGGGCCUUCAGUUGUUUGAGGUGAUUGUUUAGGAUGCCGCCGAAAAUAUUUUCUGAGCAGAUGUAGUGCGGGGAUAGCAGAAUGUGAACGGAAUGACGGAUCUCCAAAUAUAGAGUUGCGUUGGCGCACGCUGGAUUUCUUUGUGUACCUACUCAGAGAAGUAAGUCCCCUCGAGGCCAGCUAAGUUACUCCUAGAACCUGUGGGCUUCAAAGCAUAGUAGCGAGUAACUGAAUACUUGACAAAAGGAAAGAUAACAAGUCGAACAUCACAUUUCCAAUUACAAACUUUAAAAAUAUGCAUCUAUUUAAUAUUAUUAGAAGAUCUGUCUUCCAAUUAGCAGCAUCAGACGGGACAAAAAGGAGAUUAUUUUUAAUAAUGCCCAGCCGAAUCAUAACUUGUAGAACUUUGGUUUUGUCAGCUUGGUUUAACAAGGACUCCUCCCCAAGUGCUACUGAGAAACUAGAUUUGGAUGGAUGGAAACAUGUAAUGCGGUCUGCACAGCAAGAAGAAGCCACUGAAAGAACAUCACAGAGUGAAGAAGAUUCUCCUUCAGCGGUUACUAGGGAACUUAUUGAGAUGUGGAGACUGUCGGGCAGACUUGUUCCAGAAAAUAUUAGCGAAGAAGAUUUCAAGAUUUUAACUGAAUGUCCUACCAAGAGUUCCAUAAGGAAGUACUUAAAAUUCUUGGCUAUAAAAGAAAACAGGAAGAAAGCUGACAGAGAAAAGAGAGAAAAACGAAACGAAGCAAAGAAGGAACGAAUGCUAAACACUCAGGAAAAUGCUAGUGGUGAGCUAAAAAAUACAUUUGUCCCUAAGCUUUGGGCUAGGUCACAGGAUGCUGUGUACAACUGGAGAGCAGCCCAGUCUAUGAUCUUUGGUCAGCCUCUGGUGUAUGAUAUGAACUACGAAAAUUAUAUGUCACGCAGAGAAAUGGAGAAUACAGUGAAACAGCUGAUGGAAUGUGAAGGGGCCAAUCGUAGAUCUUUGGACCCAUUCCACUUGCAUUAUUGUAAUCUCAAAGCAGAUGGUCCGUAUCACAAAGAAUUUGUCAAACGUUACGGAGAAGCAUGGGACAAGUUAUUUGUGACUGUGACAGAAAAGUCUUAUGUUGAAGUCUUUCCAAAAGAUCAACUUGUCUACUUAACUGCUGAUUCUCCCAAUGUGAUGAAAACAUUUGAGCAUGAUAAGAUCUAUAUAAUUGGAUCACUAGUUGAUAAAUCAAUGAAGACUGGACUUUCCCUUGCUAAUGCAAAACGGCUGGACUUGGCAACAGCACGCCUUCCUUUGGAUAGGUGCUUGCAAUGGGGGGAAGGUGCCAAAAAUCUCACUCUGGAUCAAAUGAUGCGCAUCUUAUUAACUCUGAAAGAUACUGGGGAUUGGAAGGAAGCUCUGCAGUUUGUUCCACAAAGAAAACACGAAGGCUUUGUGGAAAUGUCUUCCUGGUCAAAGCAGCAAAUUGACACAUGGAAGAAAACAAAGUUGCAUGAAAAAAUGGCUGGUCAAAGAAAGGCACACAAGCAGUUUGCACAAAAUUACUCCAGGCAGCAAGCACAGAAAAACUGGUGGGAAGAUGCGUCUUAAUAGCAUGUUAGCCACCCAGUGUUUGACUGAUUGUAAGUUUGAAUUAAAUCAAGAUUUAACCUUAAGAUUUUAACUGCUUAAACUUUUCUCUAGCUCUUGAGUUGCAUGGGUUUCAGCCAAAGUGACACAAGGACAUGCUUUUCUACAAAAAUAAAUGUGAAAAAUUUAUUACCUGUUAUUCAAUAUUCAGUGAUAAGUUCCAGAAGUUAUUCAAGAGCCCAAUAAUAUCAAAAUGUGACAGUGUAUGUUGUAACCUUCACUCCUUCACUACCCUAUUCUAGUAAGGGAAUUGGCUUUUAGGCUGUGGAUGCCAAAUGAACUUCCCUCACAAUACGUAACUAUAAGAUGAGGUCAUGAAAGUUUUUAUCAUUCACAAGCACCCUUGGCUUCAAAAGAUCCACAGACGCUUAUGUCCAGGGUGUCAGUAGCCCAUACUUGGUAAAGCAGAAUAGAUUUCUUCAGCCCCCACUGGCUAGCUCAGACCUGAAGCAACUGAUAGUUCAGCAGCAUGCUGCUGUUGCUGUACUAGGAACAAUUUCUGAAUGCUAGGGCAGCACAAUGAAUUAUAUCUGCUUUAUAAAGUUGUUGGACAAGAAGGAACCUACAUUUUCUGGUAAAUUGCAAAUAUGACCAUUGUAUUCAGGUAUUACGUAGACGUUUGUAAAUAUGAGCUUAGUUGUGGUAGCAUUGAAAAAUAAAUGGAAAUUUAUUCGAUUUAUGUUAGUUAUGUUGCUUUUUUUUUUUACAAGGAGAAAGCUGGAAAUUUAAUAAUAACAAAUUGGAUCCAUCAUCAUUAUUGUGGCUUAUGUGGUGCUUUGAACAACAUAAGAUCUUGCAGGAUCAGAUUAAUGACUCAUCAAUAGCCAAGUACAUGUCUAUGGAAAGCCCAAAAGCAGAAUAUGAAUGCAGCUCCCCAUUCUUGUUCCCUAGCAUCUGGUGUUCAGAGGCAUACAGAGGUAGUAUAAAUCCAUCCUGACUAGCCACCAUUAAUAGCCUUAUUCUCCAUGAACUCCAUCCAAAUUGGUAGCCAUCAAUACAUUGUCUGAAAGCAAAUUCCAGUUUAUGUGCUGUAUGAAGAAGUACUUCCUUUUGUUUUGCUGAAUCUUCCCAUAUUCAGUUUCAUCAGAUUACUCCAGGUAUUUUGACAGAGGGACAAAACCUUUCUACAACUUGCAUAAUUUUAUACAUCUCAGUUUCUUUCCUAAUGACCCCUAAUACAGAAUUCACAUUUUUUACAGCUGCUGUGCAUGAAUCAACGUUUUCAUUAUGCUGUCCCCAAACCUUUUCUUAUUAGUAUAUAUGUCAAGGAUUUUUUUCCUAAUGUGCAUCACUUUAGACUUGCAUACAUUGAAUUGUUUUUCUUCAUACCCAUUCACCCAGUUUGGAGAGAUCAUUUUUGGAACUCAAAAUCCCCUCUUUGCUUUUAUCAUCCUGAACCAUUUGAUAUCACCAGCAGAUGUGACUACUUCACUUCUCGCCCUAAAUUCCAGAUCAUUAUGAACCAGUUAAAAAGCAUCAGUCACAUAUAGAUGCUUGAAGGGGCCCAUUUGUUAUAACCCUAUCUGAAAACUGUCCACUUGUUUUUACUUGCUGCUCCUUAAACAAUUACUGAUCCAGAAGAACACAUGGCCAAUUAUCUAAUGACUGCUAAGCUUACUCGGGACUCUUUGGUAGGAGGAUAAGUGAAGUUAAGUCUUACUCAAGGAAACAGUCGACUCAGGAGGCCAGGCCUAGUGAGCACAGCAACUCCUGGUAUAUCUUGCCCCCUAUGAGGUAGCUGUGGGGACUGAAAGUCCCUGCCUUUCCACAGCUGUCUAAAUCUCUUCUGGGUCCUUCCCAAGCAAUCUGAGACUUCUGGCUGUGCCUGUCUUGGCUCCGCCGUCUUCAUACUUUUUCUGGUUCUGGGAGGGGAGCUGGUCGCAGGAGGAGUGGGAGACGCCCUGGCUUCUUCACCAGCUUGAUACAUUACUGAUCCUUGCCCACCCCCUCCUCUCCCACUGCUAGACUUAAUAAGCUAGGAGGGACAGGGAUUGGGCCCAUUGCCAUCAGCACCUGUUCCACAUCUGAUUGCAUAAGGUGAAACUGAUUCCACAAAACUGGAGUUGCAACAAGUGUCGUAUCAAGAUCACUGAAUUUGAGCAACUCUAUCCUCAGUGUGUAGCCAAGUCCGUCCCCCGUCCCCCAAAUGAAAAUCUGGUUUGGAAAACAAGUUUCUAGAAAUUCUACCUCUUUGUUGUAACUAGAACAUGCAUUUCUCUAGAGUGACUACAACUCGACAUCACACCCAGGCCUCCUAAGGUCCACUUAGUCCAGCAACUUGAGAUAGGAUGCCAGCAGGAAGGCAAGCACCCCUCCCGGGGUUUUUAUUCUGCCCCCCCCUUUAAAGCCACCUUCGGCUUCCCACAUAUUGCGCUGACAAUUUCACUGGAUGGCCUCGAGCUCUUGAGUCAAAGAGACUCCCUCGCCCUAAUUCAGCUCAGUCGAUAGAGCAUGAGACUCUUUAACCCCAGGACUUGAGCCCCGCAGCGGGCAAAAAAAGAUUCCUGCAUUGCGGAGGGUUGG